AGCAAAACCCUAAUCUCCAGCUCCGCCAUCGUUUUACAGGCCCAAAGCUUACUGCGCCGAAGACGAAGGCAACAACCUUCAAGCUCCCAGCCGCGCAGAUUCUAAGGUUGCAAAAUGGGAAGCGACAGUGAAGCGGAGAAGUCGGCGCAGAAGCAGGAUGGAGAAAAGAAGAAGAAGGCCAUAGCUCUGGCUCCCAUAGCCAAGCCCCUUGCUGGCAAGAAGCUCUGUAAGCGAACUUUCAAGCUCGUCCGCAAAGCUGCUGAGCAUAAAUGCCUGAAAAGAGGAGUGAAGGAGGUUGUCAAGAGCAUCCGGCGGGGUGGCAAAGGGAUAUGCAUUAUUGCUGGGAACAUAUCUCCAAUUGAUGUCAUCACUCAUGUUCCAAUUUUGUGUGAAGAGUCUGAAGUUCCGUACAUAUACGUCCCUUCCAAAGAAGAUCUUGCAACCGCAGGAAACACAAAGAGGCCUACAUGCUGUGUUCUCGUACUAACGAAGCCUCCCAAGGGAGAGAUAGCCAAGGAGGAGCAGGAGAAGUUGAAGUCGGAUUAUGAUCAAGUUGUAGCAGAUAUUGCUGAGCUCACUUCCUCUAUGUUUUGAUCCACAAUGCUCUGCAGUUUCUUGUAUAACCUAGACAAACCAUCGAAUCCUGUCCGACUCUUAUCCGGUUAAUGAUAUGUAGUGCAGACUGUUGAUGAUUUCUUGAUUGUGUAUGAAUGAGCAAGCUAAUUCAUCUUCCUCUGAUUCCCUCCUCCUUGUCUGGGUCUAACCCUUGCCUUCAUGCACUCUCGUGGGUCAUCUGCAUAUGUUUUGCAUUGCAUAUGCCAAGAUCUGAAGUGUUAACUUCUACAAAAGGCAUGGUUUAAUGUGGUUCAGACUCAGAAGGAAUUGAUCUAGACACCGAUAAAAAAUGAGAAUUAUAACUGAAUAAAGAAUGCCUUCCAUUUCAAUUUGAUUUAGUAUGAUCUGGUUUGCAUUUGGUUAGAUGACUCAUCACUAUUAAAAUCAUGACGAGAAUGGAUCUAGAUCGAAUUAUAUCCUGCCAGGUUUGAUCCAAAUGUAUUUGGUUCAAUCUGAUAUCAGUCAAAUCGUUGCCCAUGCUAGGAAGAAAGUCAUCUAACAAAGAACACAGUCAUACAAAUGAUUCACAAUCAAGCAUCUUCUUCCCUGCUUCCACUCUCUUCUGCGUAUUCUGUUUUGAACUUUGGUCAUUUAGCUCAAUUCCAAUAGGAAAAGACUACACAAUCAACCCUUGUAAUAAUAUUUUAACUUGACA